GUUAGUCUCCGAACUUACAGCAUCGUCAUGGCACGUACCAAGCAAACCGCUCGUAAAUCCACCGGUGGUAAGGCACCAAGGAAACAACUCGCCACCAAGGCCGCCAGAAAGAGCGCGCCUGCAACUGGUGGAGUGAAAAAACCCCAUCGUUACAGGCCAGGAACCGUCGCUCUCCGUGAGAUCCGUCGUUACCAGAAGAGCACUGAGCUCCUCAUCCGCAAGCUUCCUUUCCAACGUUUGGUUCGUGAGAUCGCUCAAGAUUUCAAGACCGACUUGCGUUUCCAGAGCUCUGCUGUGAUGGCUCUCCAGGAGGCUAGCGAGGCUUACCUCGUCGGUCUCUUCGAAGACACCAACUUGUGCGCCAUCCACGCCAAGAGAGUCACCAUCAUGCCAAAAGACAUCCAAUUGGCUCGUCGUAUCCGAGGAGAACGUGCUUAAGUUUUUUACAACAACCUUCAAAAAUACAAUCGGCCCUUUUCAGGGCCAA